CUAGUCAUUUGAGGAGUCACGCUUGACACAUGGCGGGACUGCAUGUCUUGAAUAAUGUCGUGGCUCUCUACCCUAGUCGUUGGUGAGAUUCUAUGUAUUGAUGAGAGAUGUAAUCAAAUGGUUACAAGGCUGUUUGGCGUUAAGGCGUUAGAUAAAGGCAUCUUUACAAACAUCAUAUUUAACCCUCCCCAUUAGCACCAUCAUGUCGACAAUAUAUCUGAUGGGAACUACAGAUAAAUGCUAUGUCUUUAUCAUUAACGCAAACCAUGUGAAUCUUCUCCAAAGGCUUCAAUGUCUAGUAUACGGAAAUAUAUAUUGGAUGUGUAAUAUGAUAUCUGAUUGCAAUUAUUUCUUGCACCUAGUGACUUACCUCUUCAUUUUUUCUACAGUUGCAUUCGGAGAUAAUAGAUUUGGUCUGACAAAAUGACUAAUUUUGGCCAGGUGGAUUCUUUGGAUGUCAUUCGAAUAUAGUAAUUCUCUGAAAUAAUCUUGUGAACAAAAAAUGGUCUGUCAAUAAAAUGUACUCCUGUGUUG